AUGUUGCCUUUCACUUCACUGCCAGCCCAUCUCAACCUCAGUAUUUUCUAUACAAGUUUCCCAAAGAUGUGGACUCAGUUAUCAUUAAAGUGGUGUCUAAAAUGGCUUACCCAUGUUCUGUUGUCUCAGUCCAAAAUAUCAUGGUAAGUCCUUCCGACUAAGACUUUUUUCCUUCUCAUUAUCUUUAUUACCUGCCUAUCAUAAGGUAUGUUAUAUUUCAUGCAGAAGAAGGAUUUUCCAGGUGAGCAGUUCUUCGUGGUGUUUGUGAUAAAGCCCGAAGAUUAUGCCUGUGGAGGAUCUUUCUUCAUUCAAGAAAAAAAGAACCAGACUUGGAAUUUACAACGAACAAAGAACCUGAAAGUGAUGAUUGUUCCUUCCAUUACAGAAUCCGUUUAUGUAAAGUCCAGUCUCUUCAGUGUCUUCAUCUUCCUGGCUUUCUACGUGGGAUGCCUGCUCGUUGUGCUUGUGCAUUAUGUGAGGUUUCAGAGAAAACCCAUCAAUGGAAGCUUUGAUUCCACUGACGGCUCUGGGAAUACGGCUGUGUCACGUCCCAUUGCUGCCAGCACGCCUGAAGGGAGCAAUUACGGAGCCAUAGAUGAGUCAAGCUCCAGUCCUGGGAGGCAGGUGUCCUCCCCCGAGGGUGGGCAACCAUGCCAAUCCGACACAGACAGCUCCGUGGAGGAGAGCGACUUUGACACCAUGCCGGAAAUUGAGAGUGAUAAAAACAUCAUCCGGACCAAGAUGUUCCUUUACCUAUCAGAUCUAUCCAGGAAGGACCGAAGAAUUGUCAGCAAAAAGUAUAAGAUUUAUUUUUGGAACAUCACCACCAUCGCUGUGUUUUACGCACUGCCAGUCAUCCAGCUGGUCAUCACCUACCAGACAGUGGUCAAUGUCACUGGCAACCAGGACAUCUGUUACUACAACUUCCUCUGCGCUCACCCCCUGGGCGUCCUGAGUGCCUUCAACAAUAUUCUCAGUAACCUGGGCCAUGUGCUUCUGGGCUUCCUCUUCCUGCUGUGCUUCCUCUGCCUGCUGAUAGUGCUGCGCCGAGAUGUGCUCCAUCGAAGAGCGCUGGAAGCUAAAGACAUCUUUGCUAUGGAGUAUGGGAUUCCCAAACACUUUGGUCUCUUCUAUGCUAUGGGCAUUGCAUUGAUGAUGGAAGGGGUACUCAGUGCAUGUUACCACGUCUGCCCGAAUUACUCCAACUUCCAAUUCGACACCUCCUUCAUGUACAUGAUCGCGGGUCUCUGCAUGCUGAAGCUCUACCAGACCCGCCACCCGGACAUCAACGCCAGCGCCUACUCAGCCUACGCGUCCUUCGCAGCGGUCAUUACGCUCACCGUCCUCGGAGUGGUGUUUGGAAAAAAUGAUGUGUGGUUCUGGAUCAUCUUCUCUGUGAUCCACAUCCUGGCCUCGCUGGCCCUCAGCACUCAGAUCUACUACAUGGGUCGCUUCAAGAUAGAUGUGUCUGACUCAGAUCUGGGGAUUUUCCGGAGGGCCGCCAUGGUGUUCUACACGGACUGCGUCCAGCAGUGCAGUCGGCCUCUGUAUAUGGAUAGAAUGGUGUUGCUCAUUGUGGGGAAUCUGGUUAACUGGUCCUUCGCCCUGUUUGGAUUGCUGUACCGACCCAGGGACUUUGCGUCCUACAUGCUGGGCAUCUUCAUCUGUAACCUGCUGCUCUACCUGGCCUUUUACAUCAUCAUGAAGCUUCGCAGCUCCGAGAAGGUCCUCCCGGCCCCACUCUUCUGCAUUGUGGCCACCGCGGUGGUGUGGGCUGCUGCCCUGUAUUUUUUCUUCCAGAAUCUCAGCAGUUGGGAGGGAACUCCAGCUGAAUCCCGGGAGAAGAACCGCGAGUGUGUCCUGCUGAAUUUCUUUGAUGACCAUGAUGUCUGGCACUUCCUGUCUGCUACUGCCUUGUUUUUCUCAUUCUUGGUUCUCUUAACUCUGGAUGACGACCUGGACGUGGUUCGGAGAGACCAGAUCCCUGUCUUCUGAGCCUCCCGCACUGAGAGGCAGAGAGGCAGCAAUCAGUCUUGGUGCUGUCCUGAAGACACGGUGACUGCAGUGGACCACUGCCAAAUGCUCCUGCUCCCUCGCCAGAGUCACCUCUGUCCAUGCAGGAAGGAAAGGAGGGGCA